AUGUCAGCCUCCUUGCUAUUCCACCCCAGAAAGCAGAAGGCAAAACCUGCCACUACUUCCAAUCCCUUGCUACCUGGCGCGAAGACUAUCAACUCUCGGGUCCAGGUUCGCGCCGUCGCCGCGCCUAUGCCUAUGAAGCGUAAAGCCGAGGACGCCCUCGGAGUUAAAGUCAAUGGCGCGCCGGCGAUGAAGAAGGCGAGGAGCAGCUCAGCCGAGAGCUCAACGCCACCGCCAAUACGCUCUGCGAAAUCCAAGGCUCCCACGCCGACCCCCCUGCGCGAGGUCAAGACUACGAAGAGCACGCGACCUGCUAUGGAUGUCGAGGUCAAGCGUGAGAGGAGCGCCACGCCCGCCUCGGCGCUUGUUUCUUCCCAGUCGAGGUCACGCUCGCCUACACCUGUGGUGAAGAAGGAGAAGGGGAAAGGAAAGGCGAGGGAGGGUAGUGAGGGGGGACGGGAGGGGAGGAGCUGUUUGAGCGAUGUGGCGUUUGAUCCCGCCAGUAUGAGGACUUAUGUCGACGCGUACGGCGGCGAUCUGUCCAAGUUCCGCACUUGGUUCGAGAACCCCGCCGACGCCUCCGACACCACAUUUGCCGUAACGGACACCGCCUUUCCGUCUGCAUACCUCGAGCUUCCCGCUCGGAACGCCCGUGCACACUACAUCCUAGCCGUGCGGAAGGAUCCCGACGCCUACGCGCCCUUGUACGACCUCGAAGAGACGCUUGCCGUCGUCGUGGACCACUACCUUCCCGAGGACCUGAAAGAAAUCUUCGGUCCGCAUCCCGACGACGUGAACCUUGGCGCGUAUGGCUUGCAGAAGGAUCUGCACCGCGCACGGACGAAGAAGAACGGUCCUCUGUUCCUCUCGAUUCUCGACACUAUCAAUGGCCACAUCCAGAAGCUCAAGUAUCCGCCUUUGCCGCCCGAUCUGGACUCCUACGCGGAUGGACCGGAGAACAAGAUGAUGGAUAGGGUGAAGGAGUGGACGGACAUGCCGGAGAAGGUCGCGGAGAGGAUAUUCGAGGAGACGUACCAGUGCGUCGUGCCGCCGCACUACAAGCGGUUGCAGGAGUACGCGAGCUUCAGCAGUGAAACAUACGGCGAGAUGCUCCCGCCCUUCGUUCAUCGGAUCAUCAAGGAGAACAAGCUCGGCCCGAACGACGUACUCGUCGACCUCGGUGCAGGAGUCGGCAACGUGCUCAUCCAAGCCUCCCUCGCAACAGGCUGCGAGACAUACGGCGUCGAGAUCCAGAAGGGCGCAGCGGAAGUCGGACUGGAACAGCUCGCACAGGCGCGCGCACGCGCAGCAGCGUGGGGUGUCAAGCUCGGGCCUAUGACUUUCGAGGAGGGCGAUAUGCUCACUUCGCCUGGUGUUGAUGAGGCGUUGAGGAGAGCGAGCGUUGUUGUUUGUAACAAUAAGAUGUUCAGCGAGAGCCUGAAUACGGCGCUCAAGAGCAAGUUCCUUGAUCUGCCCGAGGGCGCGAGGAUAGUGAGCUUGCACCCGUUCGCGCCACCCGAUGCACGGAACAACGCACGCUCGCGCGAAGCAAUCGAAACUAUCCUCACCGUCCAAACCCGCUCCUACGGCUCGCGCGACGUCUCGUGGUCCGGCGGCGGAGGGGACUACUACGUGCAUACUGUCGACCGCGCGGGGUUGGCGAAGAUGCGUGCCGCUGAGACUGGGGCGAGCGGGAGGAGCUCGAGGGCGCGGAGGUAG